CGUGAAUGAAUUCUUUUAAGUGACAUCAAACAAUGGGCAGUUUAAGUUAUCGCGAAGUUAUACCGGUGAAUGCCUUUAACGAAGAAUGGCAUGAAAUAAAAUUAAAUACCGGGGGAACUCACAGUACGUUGCAAGAUAUAAAAGUGGCUGAAAAGGCUGGUGGUUAUUGUUACAAAAAUGUUAAAGUAAAUCAUAACAGAAAUCGCUUCAUUUAUUGGCGCUCGUAUCAGGAUGUUUUGGAACUGUCUGAAAUAAGUUUAGACUUUAAUUUAUAUCAAAAUAAUCUACGUUACAAAUUCACUGAUUCGCCUGUGUUAUGCGUAACUAUAACUGAGCAACCUAAACACAUAGUAUUAUUGGUUAGCUCAGUAGCAAGUUUGCAUCACAUUGUUUUCCCACACCCCGAUACUUUGGCAGAGGGAAAUAAUGGAGCUUGUGCUGCAGUCGAAUCAAAUGAUGAAGAAUCAUUUUCAAUAUUCAAAGAAAGUAAUGCAGCAGCGGCCCGAGAUCCGAGUAGUUUUUAUGUAAUUGAUACACAACCAGCUGGCUCAGAUAAUGCAGUGCCGCAUGCUGCAGCCGCAUUUCUAGCACAAAAUGGCAAUGAAGCUUAUUUUGCGUUGGCCUGUCAGUCUCAGUUGGCGUUGUAUACCAUGAACUGUGCUACCGGUCACACAGUGAGACAUUUAUUAAAAGAUCAUUAUAACGUCCCACGUCUAUUUUCGAAUUUAAAGGAAGCUUUGACUGGAAGACAUGACGUAUCCGAUGCCGAAUGCGCAACUUCUGUAGCCUUUUCGUCCAUCAAUCAAAGAAUUUAUUUAUUAGCCUUGUAUCGGAAUGACUAUUUACGCGCUUGGUCGGUUAUCAAUCAACAAAGCCAAUGUAUGAUAAAUUGUGUAAGAAAAGAUAGUGAACAACGCAUGCAGGGGCCACAAAGCAAUGUUUUGCGUAAAAUAAAUGAUUAUAGUUUUUGCGUGUUUUUGUCGCAUUCUUCUGGUUCGGAAUUUGUGUGCAUUGAUUUAUGUCUGGACAGUAAGAAUAAUUCUGCUUUAAAUUUAAUAAAACGUAAAGUGAUUGAUGCACCCCCCAAAUUGGAUUUGGCCGAUUUUGAUGUUAGCGAAACACAUAUAUGGGCAUUAUGGAGUAAUGCCGAAGGAGAAUUCAACAUUUCCAGCUAUUCGCUAUUACACGGCAGUAGUAUGAAUUGGAUUUCUGCGGCUAUGGAAGCACCACCAGAUCGUUAUUGCCUUGGUAUUGAGCAUGGCAUGGAUCCCCGCGAAGCUUAUUGUUUUUACAUCUUUCAUCCGGGUAAAUUUGAAAAGAGCGUGAUUGCGAAAGCAUUGUUCAUGUUUCGACGGUCUAGUGUGCGAUUUGAAGGAAAACAUUGCACGAUGAAUUUGCUCAAAAAACACGUCUGCCAGGCUGUAGAAGAUGAAUUACAAAAUGAAGUCAAAGAUAUCGAUGCAACCGAUGAUGAUUAUCUAGAGGCAUCUACACGCCUAUGGGAACGUUUUUACUCCUGUUGUGAGCAAUAUCACGUUAAAACUUCUCAUCCCAGUGGUUUAUUUAUACUAGCGCCCUUGGAUGGUAUUUGCAUUAUAAAGAAAAAUUCGUUUUCGCUUCUUAGACCUUGCGAUACUCUGGAGCAUUUAAUGCUGGCCGGCGAUCAUGUGGAAGCAAAUGCUGUAAUAUAUCAACAUUUUGCAGAAAAUGAAAUCUUGGGCAAUGAUUUGCUAGCUUUGGUUAAUUUGCUGACCCAAAUAGAAAAGUGGCUGCCGGAAGAUGUUAAAAUCGACUUUGAUCGUAAGCUCUAUCAACUUGAAAUGUCGAAUGUAUUGAUAGAAAAAUUUGUCGAAGAGUUCCUGGCGGGCGAUACAGAUAAGGGUUUACUGUCCAACAACUUUUUGGUUGUAAUACGUCAGAAAUUGGUAUCGAUUAGUGAUAUACGUAACGCAAUUUCGUUAUUGUUCGAUACUUUACGUAUGGAUAACGGAAAUCCCGAGUUUAUGCAAACGCACGAUCAUCUGGCACGUUCAAAACGUGUGCUAACCUCAUUAGGAGCGUUAUUUGGUAGCCAAAUUGGAUUAUCUGUCCUAUCGGAAACAGUUCGACAAAAUGCUUUAAUUCGCUUCGCGUUAUGUCGAAAUUGGCUUUUGCUACAACAAAUUCUUAUCAGUACGCAAUCAUUGCCUCUGGAGAUAUUGAAAACUUUGAAAACACAAUUUAUGCCGGGCAUAAUAACAUUCCUGCACUCCUAUUACGUCAUGGUGUGGAUAGCCGAGACGCCGAUCAAUAUGUCAACGGCUACGUCUGUAGACGAUGCUAUGCAAAGAUUAAACCUUUUACAACUGACCACUGGAUCGGGUCGUAUAUAUGGCAAUGGUGGUAAACGUGACACCGCCACUUUGUUGCAGGUAUUUUUAAAUGCCAAAGGCUUGCUUACCGCUUUAGCUUUAUUUGCUGACAAUGUUAAAAUCGGAGAAGGCAUGAAUUGGCAGCAAACGUUAAUGCCUUUAUCAACGAUAGUUUCCCAAUUGACAUGGCCGGUAUCGUAUAAUUUUGAUUUUGGCGAAUGGCUAUUUGGCACUUGCCAACAUACCCUUAUUGCAGACUAUGUUCGUCUGCUUAAUAACUGGUGUGAUUGGAAUAAGAGUUCACGUCAAUUUAUGUUAGCUGUAUCGUUGCUAGAUUGCGGCGAAACGCAUAAAGCUUACGAUUUAUUCUUAAAAUCGGCAAAAGGUGUAAUCGAAGAACAAUUUUUGAUCGAUAAAAUCCUUAAAUCGACGCCAUAUGCCAAUAGUUUUGAUAAUUUUUUAGAUGAUAAAACUGAAGAGUUACAAGUAAAGCAGGCCAACCAAUGCAUGGCUCAGUAUUAUCUAAAAGUAAUACAAUUAUUUGAGCAAUAUAACGCUUUAGAUCAUGUCAUUAAUAUAGCUGAGGCGGCAAUUUGCUUAUUAGAGAAAACUGAUCCUCAAUUGCCAAUGUUUCAAUCGAUCAUAUUUAAUAAUCAUUUGCAAUUGGAACACUAUGAGGAAGCAUAUCACGCUUUAAUACAUAUUACGGAAGUAUCGAGACGUAAAGACUGUUUAAGGCAAUUGGUUAUAACGUUAUUUAAUUGCAAACGCUUAAAUUUGCUUAUGCAAUUUCCUUAUGUGAAUUUACACGAGGAAUUUGAAAAUAUUGUCGAGUCACGAGCCCGUUCCCAGCCAAUGGAACAAAAUGAAGUUUAUGAUUUCCUAUAUGCUUUUCAUGUGAACAACGAUACUAUGAGGAAAGCUUCGUUCAUUAUGUACGAGCAGGCUAUGCGUUUACAACUGGAAUGCGAUUCCAUCGAGUCAAUGCAGAAACGUUCGCACUGUCUAUUGAUGUGUUUAAAUGGCUUGCAUUUAACAGAUGAACGUUAUCGUUGGAUUGCGAAACCAGUAAUCGGCGAUGAUACAUAUGAUACAUAUCGCGUUAAUAGAGAUGAUAUUGGUGGAGAUCAAUUGGAACCGGGUCAUAAAACUCAAGUCGAGGUAUUGGAAAUUAAACAUAUUGAACGUGAAAUUUUACAUACGGAAGCUUUAAUACAAUUGGCCCGUCAACGUAAAGAUGUUCAGACCUUCCUGCACACCGGUCCAACUGAACUAACAAUGAUAUUGUGCAGUUGUGGUCUUUAUACGGCCGCACUCAAAUUUGCCAAGGGCUUCUCUAUAUCUCUAUUACCGAUUUUCGAAAGUUUAACCGGCGCAUGCGUACGCAGCAGCGAUGAAAAUUCCAAUGAUGCAUGGACAUGGUUACUGGAAAACAAUUUAGCCGAUCUAUCAUAUCGUAAUAAAGCCGCCGACAUGGCUUGGGAUUUAUUGCAAAAAUUACUGGAAGAUAAUGAAGACGAGGGCUCCUCGCAAAUAAAAAAAUGCGUAGUUAAUAAACUAUUAAGUUUACAGGCUUUCAUCCCGCAAUGGCUGUACAAUAGCUACAAGUUAAGCAAUUGUUCCGAACAAUUACGUUUAUUCGUUAAACAUAAUCGUUUACUGGAGGCGGCCGAACUUGCCCAAGAAAUGCUUUCAGCAUUUUUGGGUGCCGGCAGUGAAUAUUUCAAUUUCAAAUUUUCGCUUACCGUCACGAAUCCCGAACUAUGUUUACCUGUGAAUACUUUGGAUUUGUUGUUACAUGGCUUACGAUUGAACGACGAAGAUACUGAAUAUAAAAAAGUUCUUGUCGAAUUGGAAGAGAAGAUAAAGCUUUACAUAGAAACAGCUACACGAACGGCUCAAGAUAAAAUUGAAUUGGAUUUUCAAUUGCAAAGGGAUAGAGAGAAAGAAAACAUACUAGAGUGA